AUGUUCUCCCUCUCGCGCUCAAUAGCGCCGCGCGCUCUCCGAGCAGCCGCUCAAACCAGCACACCUCUCCUCCUCCGGGCCACACCCUCAGCCAUGAUAUCGUCUUCGGCACCAACCUCCGCCACCGUCCCAACCAUCCCCUCCACAGUCAAUGACGCCUCCCGGCUCCCCGUCACAGGUGGCCUCCGCCGCGAAGUUCCUCUCCCCUCACAAGAAGUAAAGUCCGGCGCCAUGCAAUACGCCCUUACAACCCUCGACCAAAUCGCCAACUGGGCCCGUCAAGGCUCCCUGUGGCCCAUGACUUUCGGCCUGGCCUGCUGCGCCGUUGAAAUGAUGCACCUUUCGGCCCCGCGUUACGACCAGGAUCGGUUGGGCAUAAUCUUCCGAGCGAGUCCACGGCAGAGCGAUGUGAUGAUUGUGGCGGGCACGCUGACGAAUAAGAUGGCGCCGGCGUUGAGGCAGGUGUAUGAUCAGAUGCCGGAUCCGAGGUGGGUGGUCAGUAUGGGGAGUUGCGCGAAUGGGGGUGGAUAUUAUCAUUAUAGCUACAGUGUGACGAGAGGGUGCGAUCGGAUCGUGCCGGUGGAUAUCUACGUGCCGGGGUGUCCGCCGACGGCGGAGGCGUUGAUGUAUGGGAUGUUUCAGUUGCAGAAGAAGAUGAGGCACACACGGAUCACGAGGAUGUGGUACAGAAAGUAG